UCAUCCUCGCAUGGAGCGUGGAGCGUCAAGACGUCGUUGAGAAGAGAGAAAGAGAGUUCCAAGUUCCACUUCUAGAGCGCAGGAACUUUUGGUUCCCAAAGUCCUUGCGAGAGAAAAGAGACUAUUUCUCUAAAUGAUGAGCAAAGUGGACGCGCCAUGCAGGCCGACUGCCGCGUCUCUCAAAUUCACCAUAGACAAUAUUCUGAACCUGCAGACAAACUCGAGCGGUAACGGUAGGAAGACAGUUGACAGCUGUCAUUCCGGUAGCAGGCUACAGAAUAGCACGGGACUGUACUGGUUCGAUGACCGUCAACGGAGAAUGGACCCCGCGACAAGGCUACAUGAUGAAGAGCCGGAUAACGACUGUAGCCCAACCGGAGGACCCAAGGCCGUCGCUAUCACCCGGGAAGACUCGUUACAGAUCACCGACAAUUGCUUCGAAAGCGGAGACAGCGGCGACGACUGCUCCUCGACGCAUCACACCGGGGACGGUGAUAGCGGCGGCAAGAAAAAACAACUGACAACCAAGAAAAAAACUCGCACCAUCUUCUCCAAGAGACAGAUCUUUCAGUUGGAAUCUACUUUCGAUAUGAAGCGGUACCUUAGCAGCGCCGAGCGCGCCUGCCUCGCCAGUUCUCUCCAGUUAACGGAAACGCAGGUCAAAAUCUGGUUCCAGAAUCGAAGGAAUAAAUUGAAAAGACAGAUUUCAUCCGCGCUAGAUGGUCCCAGCGGUGAUUUCUCCGACGCGGGUCCGGGGAAGGCUCUGCAGCUCCCGGCCUUGUACAAAGACAGUAACCUGCUAGGAAGAUGUUUGAUGCCGAUGCCCCUGCCCAUCGUAUACCCUGGCAAUAGCACGCCUUAUUUAUGUUUUUCCAAUGCCAGCAAGUACUUUAGUCUAUUCGAAGGAGACGUUGUCCUGUAGACAAGACCGAGUCUGUUUAAAGGAGACGUUGUCCUAUUUAGACUUGGCCUAGUCUGUUCGAAGGAGGCGUAGAGUUGGGCCUAUAUACUUUUCUGCAUCAUCGCCAUAAAGACACUGUUUACAAGGUGGAUAUAUCAUGCCAAUUUCAGCUUCCGCAUUUAGCGAUUUUUUUACCCCAUCCUCAUCUUGGUAAAAACGUAAGGUCGUGUCUGGCCCGUGUAGGCCUUUAAAGGCUACUUGUAAGGAUAGCCUGUUGACCUAAGGCCUAACUCAAUCCUACUUGUCACAUCGAUAGCCUGUUGACCAUAAGGCCUAGCUCAACCCUACUUGUCACAUCGAUAGCCUGUUGACCUAAGGCCUAGCUUAAUCCUACUUGUCACAUCGAUAGCCUGUUGACCCUAAGGCCUAGCUCAAUACUACUUGUCACAUCGAUAGCCGGUUGACCUAAGGCCUAGCUUAAUCCUACUUGUCACAUCGAUAGCCUGUUGACCCUAAGGCCUAGCUCAAUCCUACUUGUCACAUCGAUAGCCUGUUGACCCUAAGGCCUAGCUCAAUACUACUUGUCACAUCGAUAGCCUGUUGACCUAAGGCCUAGCUUAAUCCUACUUGUCACAUCGAUAGCCUGUUGACCUAAGGCCUAGCUCAAUCCUACUUGUCACAUCGAUAGCCGGUUGACCUAAGGCCUAGCUUAAUCCUACUUGUCACAUCGAUAGCCUGUUGACCUAAGGCCUAGCUUAAUCCUACUUGUCACAUCGAUAGCCUGUUGACCCUAAGGCCUAGCUCAAUACUACUUGUCACAUCGAUAGCCGGUUGACCUAAGGCCUAGCUUAAUCCUACUUGUCACAUCGAUAGCCUGUUGACCCUAAGGCCUAGCUCAACCCUACUUGUCACAUCGAUAGCCUGUUGACCCUAAGGCCUAGCUCAAUACUACUUGUCACAUCGAUAGCCUGUUGACCCUAAGGCCUAGCUCAAUCCUACUUGUCACAUCGAUAGCCUGUUGACCCUAAGGCCUAGCUCAAUCCUACUUGUCACAUCGAUAGCCUGUUGACCCUAAGGCCUAGCUCAAUACUACUUGUCACAUCGAUAGCCUGUUGACCUAAGGCCUAGCUUAAUCCUACUUGUCACAUCGAUAGCCUGUUGACCUAAGGCCUAGCUCAAUACUACUUGUCACAUCGAUAGCCGGUUGACCUAAGGCCUAGCUUAAUCCUACUUGUCACAUCGAUAGCCUGUUGACCCUAAGGCCUAGCUCAAUCCUACUUGUCACAUCGAUAGCCUGUUGACCCUAAGGCCUAGCUCCAUCCUACUUGUCACAUCGAUAGCCUGUUGACCUAAGGCCUAGCUCAAUACUACUUGUCACAUCGCUAGCCUGUUGACCCUAAGGCCUAGCUCAAUACUACUUGUCACAUCGAUAGCCUGUUGACCCUAAGGCCUAGCUCAAUACUACUUGUCACAUCGAUAGCCUGUUGACCCUAAGGCCUAGCUCAAUACUACUUGUCACAUCGAUAGCCUGUUGACCUAAGGCCUAGCUCAAUCCUACUUGUCACAUCGAUAGCCUGUUGACCCUAAGGCCUAGCUCAAUCCUACUUGUCACAUCGAUAGCCUGUUGACCCUAAGGCCUAGCUCCAUCCUACUUGUCACAUCGAUAGCCUGUUGACCCUAAGGCCUAGCUCAAUCCUACUUGUCACAUCGAUAGCCUGUUGACCUAAGGCCUAGCUCAAUACUACUUGUCACAUCGAUAGCCUGUUGACCCUAAGGCCUAGCUCAAUCCUACUUGUCACAUCGAUAGCCGGUUGACCCUAAGGCCUAGCUCAAUCCUACUUGUCACAUCGAUAGCCUGCGCCAAUUGUAUUUAUUGACAAGACAUCAACAGUGUUGAUAUAAAAGUAAAGAACAUAUUUCCAGGAUAUCCAUUCACACAAAGACAUGCAGAACAACUCCCUAUUCCGUUUGAUGUUAUAAUACUAGAUACUUGUUUUUGUACGCAGAGUACCAGCGUAGGCCUAAAACAGUGGGUCUAAUAAUCAUUUAUUAAAUUAUUAUUAUUAUUAUUAUUAUUAUUAUUAUUAUUAUUAUUAUUAUUAUGAACCUGUUAUUAACAACAGCCUUUUCCAGCAGUCUAA